AUUUGGUUUUUGGAAUUUUACAAAAGAGGAAAGACGAGGGGCCAAGGGGAAAUAUAGAUAGUAUUAAAGGAUGAUCGUUGCAAUUUUCACGAAAUCAUGUUGCCCGCCGAAGUACUGAAACAGUAUUGAAUACGCACCCGUCUCGUUUCAUUGACCCUUUUCCCCCAUUCUCCAAAUCCCCAAUUCAAUAGCCUCUUCUAAACCCUAAAAAUUCCUUUUGUCACCCAAAUUCUGAUUGGUAAAACCCUAGUUCAUCCAACCCUGCUGCAUCUUGAUCCAUAUGCGUUUUUCUAUGACAGAGACAGAAAGAAUGAAGAGUCUGAGCAAAUCCUUUGACGUGUUUGAGUUCAAAGAAGAAGGUGAGCUGACUCAAAUGGCGGCAAAAAAAUAUUCCCCCAAAUCUGGGUAUCAUCAUUCCGUCGAUGGUAAAGUUUCCGGAAUUAAUAUCCUGUCCAAGAAGAAUGACACUGGAAUGUUUGGGGGCAAAGAUACUGAGGACAUUGAUUACAAUAAUGAUGCCGCUGGUUCAAUUACUCCUUCCGAGACUGAAGAUUUUGCUGAGGAGACGCCUGAACUGACAGAUGUUCAGCUCAAUGUUUGUAGAAGCAGCGAAAAAGCUAAAGAAAUGAAAUCUAAUGUUACUGAAUCUGGAAGUGUAUUUUCUAGUGUGGAAUGCGGUUCAAGCCCAGGGGCCACUGUACGGUUGGAGGAACACUCGAAUUGUGCCUUUCCAGAGUCUUCUUGCUAUGAUAAGUCAGUUGACUUGGCUUCAGAUGCUGAUGAUAGUAUGAGCGAGAGAUCUCCAUCUGCUACUGCAAACAAAGCUUCUUCUGAUGGACCGUCAUCUGAUGUCUGCUUCAGUGAUUGGAACUUUGGUGACGAAAGGAUGGGAAUUGUUUUCGACACUGAUUAUGUAAAUUACUGUGGUAUACAUUAUCUGGACUCUGUGAUGAGAUUUUCUAGAAGCUCUAUUGAAGCUAGAAGUAAAACCAGUGAUGGAAAUGAAGAAAAUUUUCAUAUUCAUUUGGAAAUUGAUGAUAUUGUCAGAAUAGAAUCCCAGUGGAGUGCUCGAUUUGAGGCAGGCACCAUACAUAUCUAUUUCAUCUCAAAAGAGGCAGUACAAAAAGACGGUAUUGUUCAGAGUGCUUCAGGACUCCAGGUCCAGGAGUUGAAAUUUCCCGCUAUCGACUCCAACUGGUACAAAAAACAGGAAGCUAUUGAAUCUUUGGAUGUGAGAUAUAAGGCAUUAUGGAAUGUUCUUCUUGACACUGGGAUGGACAACUCUUCAGAUUUGCCUGACGGGGAAGCUAUGAUGCUCAAAAGAAGCUAUUUUCCAAAGUUCGAUAAGCCUUUUGAAGAAGUGAUUUAUCCAAAAGGUGAUCCCGAUGCUGUUUCCAUAAGUAAGAGAGAUGUAGAUCUCCUACUGCCGGAUACAUUUGUCAAUGAUACCAUCAUAGACUUUUAUAUCAAAUAUUUGAAGACUAGACAACACGUCAAGGAGAGGACUGAUUUCCACUUUUUCAAUAGUUUCUUCUUUCGAAAGCUGGCAGACAUGGAUAAAGAUCCAUCCAGUGCUUUUGAUGGCAAAGCAGCUUUCCAGCGUGUUCGUAAAUGGACAAGGAAAGUUAAUUUACUUGAAAAGGACUUCGUUUUCAUUCCCGUCAACUACAAUUACCACUGGAGUCUUAUAGUAAUUUGUUACUUUGGGGAAGUUGCCAGUUAUAAAGAGGUUGAGGAUGGGAAGUCAGAAAGAGUGCCAUGUAUAUUGCAUAUGGAUUCCCUUAGAGGAAAUCAUGUGGGCCUCAAAGAUCUUAUACAGAGUUAUUUAUGGGAGGAGUGGAAAGAAAGGCAGAAAGGAACAUGUGAAGAUCUGUAUUCGAAAUUCAGAAACUUAAAGUUUGUACCCCUCGAGCUACCUCAGCAGCAAAACUCAUACGAUUGUGGCCUUUUCUUGCUUCACUACGUAGAGCUUUUUGUGGAGGAAGUGCCCACUAAUUUUAGUAUUUACAAGAUUACAUCAUCCGCCAAGUUCCUUCAAGCAGAUUGGUUUCCACCUGGCGAAGCUUCGAUGAAGCGAAGUCAUAUUGAGAGACUGAUUAAUGGUCUCCUUGAUACUCAAUCGGAAGUUCCGAACACUACAGAUGUCCAUCAAAGUGGUGUUGAUCUUUCAGUAAAACCUGGUCCUUUAAGCUAUUGCCUUGAGAACUCACCCUGUCACACCGGUCAAGGAAUCGAGAUGACUUUACUGCCAGCUUCUUCCAUUGAGAAUACCCGAUGUACCAAAACUUCAGGAUUGAUUUUUAACGAUUUGUAUAAGCAACCUUCUACAUCAGAACCGUUUAACGAUACACCAUGGGAAGCUUUGGAGAGCAGACCAUCUCUUAAUGAGUUUACAACACCUGUUCAUCUGACAGAGGACGACGAAGCGGAAGCUAACGAGUGCUUCGAACAAACACAAUUAGCAGAACCCAUUUUCCAUUACUCAACCGAAGAUUUUAGAUUAGAUUUACUUCACCAAUCACAGGAUGCCAACUCAUCCCCAGUUAGCUCAGGUUGCGAAUCCGGAGAUAUACUAAAAAUAGUGAACGGCGAAAAAUGGGAAUCUGUUGAAGAAGCAGUUAGCUUAGACAGUGAGACAUGCAAGCGUAAAUGUACAUCAUCAGAGAAUGUAACUGAUAUCAGCUUUGCCUUUCCUUCAGGACAAGUGGUUGCUAAUGCCGAUGAAUCUCGUAAUCUCGACGAGAUUACUGACCAAAUUGACGAUUCUCUUCUCUUGAAAAACUCUCCAGAUCUUUGUCGCGAAGAAAACCCCCUGCAUGACAAAUCGGACGGUCCAGAAUGCGAGAGCCUGUAUCGAAUGGAUGGUCAGGAUGUGCUGCAGCGCACUGCAAAAAGGAUGAGGAUCGUGUCACCUGAUGAUGGUGGGGAAGGGCUUAAUGGUAAUUUGUCCGAGGAACUACAUUUGUGAAGUGUGGCGGUGCUCGGUGCUCGGUGAAUAUAUUUAUAUAUAUAAAAAAAUAUAUAUUUGACCUUAGAUCUUAUUUUGUGUUAGUAUUAUUUUGCUGCCAUUUAGAUUGUUGUCAUGAAUAUGGAGAUUGCUGCGGGCCGUAGAUAAGUGUUUGUAGUUUUUGUUUGCCGCUGUUGUUCUGUAUACAUCAUGGUGGUGAUGACGACGAUGACUUACAUAAUUAUGUGAAAGAUUAGUCGAUUUUAUGAGACUCGAUAAA